AUGACCACUAGGCUUUCCAAAACCAUAUUGGUAUAUGUCUGCGCGGGUGGAUCCGCUUUGUUUCUGUCAAAUUUCGGCGACGUUAACAAGCCACAAACAAAUUUACUUUCGAGAUUGAAAGUGAACUGCGCUACAGCUGAUGCUUUUAUUAAAACGAAAAAAAUUGUAAACGAAAAAGAUGCAAGCUGGGACUGGAAUUGGGACAAAAGAAAUCAUCAAUCACUUAAUGACGUUUCAAAAUCAGAAAGAACCAAGAAACAUUACAUUUUUGUGAGACAUGGAGAGUAUAACUUGAAAGGGUAUAACGACGAAGAAAAGUAUUUGACAAAAUUGGGACAAGAGCAAGCAGAUAUGACAGGACAAUGGCUGUCUGGCUUGGAUUUAAAUUAUACGAAAAUUGUGCAGUCAACCAUGACACGGGCUAAAGAAACCUGUGGAAUUAUAUCGAAAUAUUUGCCCGAUGUUGAAGUUGAAACAACAGAUUUAUUAAGAGAAGGAGCACCUAUUCAACCAGAUCCACCCAAUAGAGCAAAUGAACCAGAGCUUAAAUAUUUCUCGGACUCUCAACGGAUUGAAUCUGCCUUCAGGAAGUUUGUUUUCCGACCGAAACUUUCAGAUUCCGAUGAACCAGUCGAGGUUUAUGUUUGUCAUGCCAAUGUUAUUCGUUACUUUCUGUGCAGAGUUGCACAGUUUCCCCCGCAAGGCUGGUUGAGAAUUAGUCUUCGUCAUGGCAGUGUUACCUGGGUUACUGUGUAUUCUGAUGGAGAUGUUUGGAUAAGAUCCAUUGGAGACGCAGGGUUUAUGCCACCACAUAAAUUGUCUAGAUAA